AUGUCUCCAUUAAACAUCGGUGUUGUAGGUACCGGUAUCUUUGCUAGAGAUGGUCAUUUACCUGUCUUCCAAGCUCAUCCUGACAAGUUCAAAGUUGUCGCUGCUACUAACAAAACUAAGUCUAAGGCCGAAGAGUUUGCAAAACUUGCCGGAUUACCAGAUGACAAAGUUUUCGAUGAUAUGGAAUCCUUAAUUAAUGAUAAAGAUGUUGACUAUGUUGAUGUCUUAUUACCAGCUCAGUUUAAUUUGGACGCUGUCAAGAAAUGUAUUGCGGCAGGUAAACCAGUUCAAAUUGAAAAGCCUAUUGCUGCUAACAUGCAACAAGCUAGAGAAUUGGUUGAAGUCGCUGAGGCUUCAGAUUUACCAAUUGCUAUCUCUGAAAAUUGGUCAUUUUUACAAGCUAUUAAUGUCGCUAAAGGGCAUUUACCACGUAUAGGUGAAAUUGUUGGUUUCCAACAUAACUCUACGGGUCCAUUUGUUUUAAACAAUAAGUACAUGAGUACUUCUUGGAGACAACAUCCAGAACAUAUCGGUGGAUUUUUAUCCGAUGGUGGUGUUCAUCAAUUAGCUUUGGUUACAGCUUUGGUCGGUGAAUUCGAAUCUAUUUCUGCAUUAACGAGCCAAGUUCGUGAAGCAUCUGGGGAUGAUGAUAUUGUAUUUUCUACUAUUAAGAUUAGAGACUCUAAAUGUAUUGGUUCAUUCAGUUACGGCUCUGCUUUUGGUGCUACAGACAAAUGGAUCUAUUUGAAGAUCUAUGGUGUUAACGGUUCUAUCAUGAUCGAACUAUCUAAUAAGGCUGCUCCAGUUGUUAAAGUUAAAGUCGGUAGUGAUGCAGAACAUUCUGGUGAAGAAGAAGUUUACAGCGUUAACGAAGAUAAAUCAUUCGGUAUCUACGAAGAAUUUACUAACUUCCAUGACGCUGUUUCCAAGAAAGAUAAAUCUUUGUUGAUUUCUACUCCAAGAGCAGCUUUCCAUCAUUUGGCUUGUGUUGCUGCUUUCAUUGAAUCCUCCGCUAGAAAGGGUGAUCAUGUUGAAGUUGAAAGAUAUUAG